ACCAAUUACUUCAUGCCGAGAAGAACAGGCUGAAAGAGACGUAUAUUAACUACCUGAAGACCAGCAAGGAUAAAGUCGACAAAGAACUGACCGCCAAAGAUGCCGAAAUUGCUCAGUUGAAAUCGACGUUAAAUGGGAGAGAAGCCGCCACUGCUGUACUGAGCGGAGCGUGUGAUAGGGCACAGGAAGAAAUCAGCGCGGCGAGAACGAAAAUCGUUAUGUUGACGGAAAAGGCCCAAUCCUUUGCUAAGCGGGCAUCCGACUUGGAACAAGAACAUUUAUGUCUUUUGGAGAAGGAUAAGAAACGUUUGGAAGAACAGUUAAAAUGGGAAUCUAUUAUUGCGCAACAGCAGCAAGAAAUAGAAUCCCUGCGACGGAAAGUGACCGAAUGCGAUGGCUCGCUGGAGGUACAGGACAACAAGCUGAAAGAUAAGAUGAUUCAGACCAUGGCGACGAAACUGGAAGAAACCGCAAAAGAACUGGCCUCGAAGAAUUUUGCCCUGGACAACUUGAAAGGCAGCCUUCAGAAGAAGGCUGCUGAAAUUGCUAGCCUUAAUGGACGCUGCGCGCGCUUUUCCGCUGAAGUGGAGGCGGCGGUAAAGCUAACCAUCGACAAAUUAGAAGACCGAUUCGUUCCGGAACGUGAGCGUUUCCAGCAGACUCAGAAGGCUUUGAACGAAGAAUUAAAAAAAUUGCGCGCUGCUUAUGCGGAUCAGAAAACCGAAUUGGACUCGCUGAAGGAUACACUGCUUGAGACUGGCGGAGCUCUUAGCGAUGAGAAAGCUUGUGCGAAAAAUUUGACCGCCGACAAUGAGAAGCUGACGGUGAAGUUGAAACAACGAGAAGAGCAAGUUUGGCAGGUCACUGCGAAGAAAGAUAAGGAAAUUGUUGAGCUCAAUCUGAGAUGUGAGAAUUCGGCCAACGAAGUUUUGCAAGUCACUGCGGAGAAAGAUAAGGAAAUUGCCGAGCUAAAUCUGCGAUUCGAGAAUUCGGCAAGCGAAGUUUUGCAAGUCACUGCGAAGAAAGAUAAGGAAAUUGCCGAGCUAAAUAUGCGCUGCAUGAUUGCAGCAAACGAUUUGGAGACCGCUCAAGGCACUAUUGCUCAGCUGCGCGAGCAGCUAAACUGUUGCCAAAAAGCUCAAGCGGAUAAGGAUGAAAAAGUGUCUCGUCUCCAGGGCGUUCUGGAGCAACUCCGCCAGUCACGCGAACGAUCUGAACCAAAGUCACUACCGGCCACCGACACGCGCACUGUGGAUCCGGCUGUGAAAUUGAACGACUCAGUUCCUCCGGUUGUCGAAUCGGACGCCACGCAUACUUUAAAUAAGGAUUUACCGAAGUCAGUAUCAGGAACGGCGUCGGCAGAAACGACUUUACCUACUACAUCUGCAGUUCAAACGAAAACUUCGUUUGUCCAACCUGUCGCUUCGAGUUCCGUAGAGGCAGUCCGACCGGCAUCAUUAUCGAAACCCACUUCUUCGGGUUCCGCGACGCCCACUGAGCCGGUACACCCCGUGGUACAUCCAUCCGCCAGGGAUGCAGCGCGACCGUAUCCAAAGCCGUCCCGUGGCAGAGGCGCGCGCCGACGAGGCAACCAACUCGUAUAUCGUGGUAAUUCGAACCGUGGUAUACCGCAUCCGCCACAUCACGGUGCGUAUUUUGGCCAUGGUCAUGGACUGCCUCAGGAUUUUGCGGACGAUUCUUUCUCCUGGGGAGACCGCACUUACUGGUGAAAUGACUGGUAAUUGUCCUUCCUCUUCGGAAUUUUCAUGGACGAUCAGUGUUGUACAGUAUUCUGAAGUUAUGGUUGUCGAUAAAAUUGGAUCCGUAUUUCUAAUAGUUUUCGCACGCUCUUUCGUAACUCACGUUCCGUACUCAUAACAUGUCCUAUUAAUGCCGGUUCGAGCAGGUGUUCCCUGUUUGAUGAUAACAGUUCCUGCAUUUUUCACAAAACAUAACCACAAGGUCACAACGUUUGGGAUAUGUCGUGGAGCUCAUGAAAUUUUAUUACAGCCUACAAGUUUUAAAUAUUAUUUCGAGUGGACAGCGGGGCGAGCUCCAUGCGGUAUGCUCAGACUGACCUUGAAGAAUGCACGUGGGCUAUUGCGAUCUCCUUCUGAUUUUGGUCGUUGAGUUUUGUUGUGCCAUAACCUUAAUGUUGUAUUGUUUUGUUGCAUUUAAAUUUAGCUGGAGUUGACGCAACUUAUGCAUGAAAAUUGAUGUACAUACAUAUUUUAUUUCUGAUGCUCAUGUAACGAUUUGAUUAAUUGUAAGCAACGUUCAGUCUUGGUGACAUAAAUCUGCAUGCAAGCGG